AUGCUACCUCUACUGGAUUGGAUCAUGACUCCUGCUACUCUCAAUCAGAACUGCUCAGAAUGCACACAGGCUUUAUUGCCAGACCUCAACAUGGUCAAAUCUGUGGUUCUGGGCCUGGUGUUAGGUACCUUCAUCGUGUUUGGGAUUGUAGGGAACAUCCUGGUAAUCCUUUCAGUGGCUUGUAAUCGGCACCUGCGAACAGUUACUCAUUACUUUAUCGUUAACCUAGCGGUGGCAGACUUGCUGCUGAGCGCCACUGUUCUGCCUUUCUCUGCCAUCCUGGAGGUUCUGGACCGCUGGGUGUUUGGACGAGCCUUCUGUAACGUUUGGGCCGCCGUGGACGUCCUCUGCUGCACAGCCUCAAUCAUGAGUGUCUGCAUCAUCUCUGUGGACAGAUAUAUUGGCGUCAGUUACCCUCUGCGUUACCCGGCCAUUAUGACCAAGCACAGGGCUGUGCUGGCUGUGAUGCUGCUCUGGGUUCUGUCCACCAUCAUAUCUGUUGGACCUCUGUUCGGUUGGAAAGAACCCGCUCCAGAGGAUGCGUCCAUCUGUAAUAUCACGGAGGAGCCCGGCUAUGCUAUCUUCUCAGCUGUGGGCUCCUUCUAUCUCCCCCUGGUGGUCAUUCUGUCCAUGUACUGUCGUGUUUACGUGGUGGCUCGCCGAGAGAGUCAAGGCCUGAGAGAAGGCCAGAAGAUAGAGAAAUCGGACUCCAAGAAAGUGACGCUGAGGAUCCACAGAGGAAACAACCCUGUGACUGAAGACGAGGCUCUUCAGCACCGCACGCACUUUGCCCUGCGACUGAUGAAGUUCUCACGUGAGAAAAAAGCAGCUAAGACACUAGGAAUCGUGGUCGGCUGCUUUGUGUUGUGUUGGCUGCCUUUUUUCCUAGUACUACCCAUUGGCUCCAUGAUUCCAGCCUAUCGACCUUCUGACACUGUCUUCAAGAUCACCUUCUGGCUGGGUUACUUCAACAGCUGCAUCAACCCCAUCAUCUACCCAUGUUCGUGCAAAGAAUUCAAAAAAGCAUUCCAGAGUAUACUGGGAAUACACUGUUUGAGCACAACUUCCCGAACACCACAGCAUCUCCAUCACAGUAAUCCUCAUCCCAAUCCAGGACACAGUCAAACUCCAGGUCACAGCAGCAGAACCCUCGCUUUUGGCCUGAACAACACAUCCUCAGAAUGUGGCCUCAGUCCACUGUCGUCUUUGGGUCGGCCCAGAACCUCACCUUCCACUGUCACUGAGGACUUUGUGAUAGGUCCUGCUGAGACCAGCAGAAGUGACUUUGCCAAUCUCUGCAGUAAAGGUUUUCACCACCAGGGCUCCCACAGCUGCUGCUGCUGUUGUAUCCUCAGAGUGAGGAGUCAGCCUGCGGGCUCAAAAUGUGGUUCUGUGGCUAAAAAUCUUCCUAAGAUUAAGGUUCAUCAGAUAUCCCUGCUAGAAAAAGGAGAACCGGUGUGAGUUCUUAUCAAUUAAUCAUAACUUAACUGUGAAAAAUAGAAAGCAUAACAUACAUGGACGAAUGGGAUAAUCCUAAACUAACCAUGUCCCAUAUUAAUCUUUUGUCAAUAUCCGAUAUGCCGAUAUUGUCCAAACACUUCAUUCCCGAAUCUGAUAUCAACCAAUACCGAUAUAAGCAGCCGUUUGAGUUAAAGGUAGAGGACACACAUAACAAUACAAAUAAUAGUUUCACUUUCACUUCAAAAGUUUUUUUUAGGUCACUUCACCUGGAUAUCGGGUUUUCAUUAUCAGAGGAAAAACCGAUAAUGAUUAUUAUCGAUAUCACAUCGUUAAGCUAAUAUCCCUACCCUAACUGGCUGUUAACUGUUGUGGUUCCACUCCACAGUUGAGUUCUGGUGUAAAUAUAGAUGCUCUGUCUUAAUGUUAAGGGCCAUCUUUAACCCAUACCGAGCCACUUUCUACUUCCACAUAUCCUAUCAUUUACCUGUCAGGAGUGUUCUAACCUACUCUGCUUACAAUAAGAACAGAACCAACAGUAGAACCUCUGUAGAACCCUUUGAGGUAUUGUUGUAUAUUCAGUCUUUUUCUUGAACAAAUAAGAAAUAAAAUUGAUUGGAAAAAAAAGAACUGGAAAAGAACUGAAAGAACAUUCCCUUCAGAACUGGUCUAUCUCUCCUCUGUCCAUCGUUUUCCUUCCAGCCAUGUAAGAAAAAUGUCUUCAUGUUCCUUUCUGUGACCUUGUGCUUUAUGACUGUCAUGCCAACCAGCCCUAGAGCCCCCCCCAUUAAACACUGUGAAGAUUUAGAAAUGUCAGGUUCACUUGUGCUCAGUCUCAGACCUCCUCUUCAGCUGUGACUCAGCCUGUGUCUGCCUCAUCUCUCCACAGGACGUGAAAGAGAAAACAACUAAAUAUCAUCGUCUUUACCAAGAACUGAAACUGUUGAAUGUUUAUUACUU